AUGUCAACCUCCUCCCCCACAAAGAUCUCCAUCGUCGGCGCAGCAGGCACAGUCGGUUCUUCAAUCGCCUUCUCCCUCAUCCUCAACCCCAUAGCCGGCCAAAUCAUCCUCAGCGACCCGCAAACCGAGAUCGUACAAGCCCAAGCCGAAGACCUACGGGACGCAAUUCUCCAAAGCGACACGACCAGCACUCGCGUCCACGUCGCCGAGGACCCCUCCGAAGCCGGCCAAGCAGAUAUCAUCAUCAUCACAGCCGGCGCAGCCCAAAAGAAAGGUGAAAGUCGUACAGAUUUAGUCGGCAAAAACGCGAAAAUUCUAAAAUCUGUUGCGGAGGGUUUGGGAGAGGUUAAGAAAGAAGCUGUGGUGAUUUGUGUAGCGAAUCCUGUUGAUGUUAUGACUUUUUUCGCUCAGAAAUUUAUUAAUUUACCAAAAGCGCAAAUCUUUGGUAGUGGGACAUUCCUCGACUCUGCAAGAUUAAAAGGACAAUUGGCAAAACAAAUCGGGAUUUCACAGAGUAAUAUCGAAGCUUUUGUACUCGGCGAACAUGGAAAAAGUCAAGUCGUCGCAUGGUCUGCAGUUUCCGUUGGAGGAGUUCCACUCGAUCGGAUCGAAAAAACUAGCGAAAGCGUAAAAAUCAACCGAGAGGAGGUUGAGGAGAAUACGAAAGAUAAAGCCGGAGCGAUUAUCGAGGGAAAAGGAACGACGAAUUAUGGAAUUGGCGCUGUGGUGGGGAGUAUUUGUAAGGCUGUGUUGUUUGAUCAGAGGGUUAUUAGGCCGGUUAGUCAUUGGAAUGAGGAGUUGGGGGUUUGUUUGAGUAUGCCGGCUGUUAUUGGACGGGAGGGGUUGGUGAGGAGUGUGGAAGUGCCCGGGUUGAGUGGUGAGGAGAUGGGGAGGGUGAGGAAGAGUGCGGAGAGUUUGAAAGAAGUUGUUGGGGAGGCGGAGAAGGUUUUGGAGGAAGGGGAGAAGUGA